AUCAUGUUGACAUCCGAGUCAAACAUUCGGGAUUGAACAAGUUAUAGGUAGCAAGUGUGCCUCAGGCUGAACCGUGGACCUUCUUGAAAAUUUACACAUGGAACCUUGUUCGGUUCUUGCCCAUGCGGACGUAUGGCAUUGUACAUUCAGUACUGGCAAAACGGCGUCUGCAGCUUUUUACAAACCAACUUUCCCCAGGUCGUUAUGUGGCGCACCCUAGUUUCUGCGCUCGGGCUUUGCGCGUCAGCAUUUGCCCAGUCAAGCACGGUGGACUCGUAUAUCAGUACCGAGUCCCCCAUUGCCAAGGCUGGUGUACUUGCGAACAUCGGUGCCAAUGGUGCCAAGUCAGCCGGAGCUUAUCCCGGCGUGGUCGUCGCCAGUCCCAGCAGCACAGACCCAGACUACCUAUACACAUGGGUCCGGGACUCUUCACUCGUUUUCCAAACACUCAUUGAUCAGUACGCCUUCGGGCAAGACACCACUUUGCGAUCUCACAUCGACAACUUCAUUUCCGCCGAAGCAAACAUGCAGCAGGUCACCAACCCAAGCGGAACUGUCUCCACUGGUGGCUUAGGCGAGCCUAAAUUCAACAUCGAUGAGACUGCAUUCACUGGAGCAUGGGGUCGUCCUCAGCGUGAUGGACCAGCGUUACGCUCAACUGCAAUGAUCACCUAUGCAAAUUGGCUUAUUUCCAACAACAAUGAGUCAUACGUCACCGAUUACCUCUGGCCCAUUAUCAAGCUCGACCUGGACUACGUCAUGAACACCUGGAACGAGACGACUUUUGACCUUUGGGAGGAGGUUGAGUCCUCCUCAUUCUUCACUAGCGCUGUUCAGCAUCGUGCACUCCGGCAGGGCUCCACUCUUGCCACUAUGAUUGGCCAAACCUCAGUCGUCAGUGGAUACAAUACCCAAGCUAACAACAUUCUCUGCUUCCUCCAAUCAUACUGGAAUCCCUCACCUGGCUUUAUGACCGCCAACACUGGAGGCGGUCGCUCUGGCAGGGACGCUAACACUGUGUUGGCAUCCAUUCACGUCUUUGACGUCGAAGCUGGCUGCGAUGGUGUUACUUUCCAGCCCUGCUCCGAUGUUGCUUUGUCCAACCUCAAGGUCUAUGUAGACUCUUUUCGUGAGAUCUACAACAUCAACACUGGCAUACCUGCUCACGAGGCUGUUGCAACUGGACGAUACCCUGAGGAUGUGUACCAGGGUGGUAACCCAUGGUACUUGACGACCUUUGCAGUUGCUGAGCAGCUCUACGACGCCCUAAUCGUGUGGAGCAACGAAGGCUCGCUGACAGUUACAGAUGUCUCUUUCCCCUUCUUCCAGCAGUUCGACUCGAGCAUUAUGCCAGGGACCUACAGCUGCUCGACUCCGACUUACAGCACCCUCACAACUGCGAUCAAGAAAUUUGCAGACGGUUUCGUCUCUACGGCUGCGAAGUACACCCCCUCAGGUGGAGGACUGGCUGAGCAAUACAGCAGGAGCAACGGAACGCCGACCAGCGCCGUGGACUUGACGUGGAGCUAUGCAUCUGCAUUGACUAUGUUUAAUGCAAGGGCUGGUUUAACAUCUGCGAGUUGGGGUGCCGCGGGCCUCAUGGUUUCCCCGACAUGCUCUACUAGCAAGGCAGCAACUGUCCCUGUUGUUUUCAAUGUCAACGCUACUACCGUCUUGGGACAGAACAUAUACUUGACUGGCUCCGUCGGUGCUCUGAGUGACUGGAACACCGCAGAUGCUAUUCUCAUGUCCUCUGCUGACUACCCAGUCUGGAGCACGGCCGUUGAUCUCCCAGCGAACACGCAAAUCCAGUACAAAUACAUCAUCAUUGACAGUGGCGAUGUCACCUGGGAGUCUGAUCCCAACAACGAGUUCACGACGCCCAGGUCUGGCAUUACAACCCUAAACGACGUAUGGCGGUGAUCUUAUUCCUGAGCUAUUCUGGACACUUUUUUCUUAAUGAUAGCACAAUGAUACCUAUCGCAAUACAUUGUUGUUUCCAUGACUUGGUGCAAGUUACCGAUAUUAUAAAACAAAGUCGAUUAAUUUGGCUGACUACGCUAUACCGGUAAAAUGCU